AUGCCCGUACAAUCUCAUCAGGACCCAUUCAUGGGUGAGGAGGGCGCUGAAGUACAGUAUCGGAGUAUGAAAUGGUGGCAUUGUGCUAUAUUAAUGAUUGCUCAAUCAAUAUCUCUGGGGAUUCUCUCACUGCCCUCUUCGAUGGCUACCUUAGGCUUUGUACCCGGUUGCAUCUUGAUUAUUGGCAUCGGCGCUUUAACGACAUACACGGGCUACGUUCUUGGACAGUUCAAAAUUCGGAAUCCGCAAGUCCACAACAUGUCUGAUGCAGCAGAGAUUCUGUUCGGACCACUGGGUUGCGAGGUCGCCACGGUAGCUCAAAUCUUAUUCUUCAUCUUUCUAAUGGGAGCUCAUAUAUUGACGUUCUCAAUUAUGAUGAACACACUGAGUAAUCACGGGGCAUGCACUGUCAUAUUCUGCUCCGUUGGAGCAAUCCUAUGCUUUUUUCUGACCCUCUCAAGGCGUCUACAAGAGGUUUCAUAUCUCGGUAUCAUAUCUUCACUAUCUAUCUUCAUAGCUGUAAUGAUAACAGUCGUCGCAAUUGGUAUCGAGGCUCCCGAUCCUAUAGCCCACGCCAUCAACCACCCAACUCUCCUUUCCGGUUUCUCAGCCACUCUAAACAUCGUCAUAUCGUUUGCAGGUCACUUGGCAUUCUUCAGCUUCCAAUCGGAGCUUGCCGAACCGAAGGACUUUUCCAAGGCAUUAUUUACUCUCCAGGCAACUGAUACUUCACUUUAUCUUGUCGUCGCUGUUGUUAUAUACCGAUACGCGGGCGGUAAUGUUAAAAGUCCAGCACUACUAAGUACCAGCUCUACUGUUUCAAAAGUCGCAUUCGGUGUUGCCAUCGGUACAAUAGUUAUUGCGGGAGCGAUUAUUGCGCAUGUGGGAGCCAAAACGAUCUAUGUUCGGAUGUUUCGUGGUACCAAUCGAAUGAAUGAGCGAUCUCUGGUAUCUUACGGAACCUGGGUUCUAAUUGUCUUCGUUCUUUGGGUCAUUGCUUGGGUUAUAGCGAAUGCUAUUCCUGUGUUCAAUGAUCUACUCAAUGUCUUAGCUGCUGCUUUUGCAAGCUGGUUUACUUUCGGACUGGAGGGUCUGUUCUGGCUGCACAUCAAUAAAGGACAAAUCACCUCCGCCCGAAAGAUUUCUUUGGCAGUUUUGAAUGUACUCCUUGUGCUGAUGUGCUGCGUCAUGUGCGGAAUGGGGCUCUGGGUAUCAGGGAAAGGCAUUGCAGUUAGCGCCAAAACCGCGCAUGGCGCAUUUUCCUGUGCGGAUAACAGAUGA